AUGCGAAAAUGCCCAAAUUUUCAACUCCUCCAGGCUUCCUAUGCCUCGCUACUCAAGCAAUGCGAAACUCCCUGUGAUCUUAGAACUGGCAAGAGGGUCCAUGCAAAGAUCCAGGCCGAUGGCUUGCAAGCCGACACCUUUCUCGCCAAUCUCGUCGUCCAGAUGUAUGGAAAAUGCGGCAGCAUCCAUCAGGCAGUCUCCACUUUCCAGUCAAUUGUGAGGAAGAACCUUUUCUCCUAUGCAAUUCUCAUCACAGCUCUCGACCAGCAUGGCGAUUUUCGUGCGGCGAUCGAAGCUUACUGCGGCAUGGACAGGGAUCUCGUCCCGGACGACGUGACCAACGUUGCCAUCUUGGCUGCGUGUUCCAAGCUCGGGGAUUUGAGCGCUGCUAGAUUACUCCACAAAGAGAUCGUGAAUCGGCACAUUCGCCUUGGGACAAAAGUUUACAACUCGCUGAUCACAAUGUAUACUAAAUGUGGUAGCGUAGAAGACGCAAAGGGGAUCUUUGAUCAAAUUCCAGAAAGAAACUUAAUCUCUUGGAAUGCAAUGAUCUCAGCAUUUGCCAGGUCUGGGCAAAGUUUCAAGGCAGUUGAGCUGCUAAGGAGGAUGGAGAAUCAAGGAGAGAGACCCGACCGCUAUACAUUUUGCAGCAUUAUCACAGCUUGUUCUUUCACCGGGAGUGAUGUUUUUCUUGGAGCAUCUUCUUGUUCUAGUUCUUCCCAACUUCUUGGAGCUACUGGGAGAAUGAUCCACGAGAGAGUGAUUCUACUGGGACUGGAAUGCGACGUUGGUGUUGGAACUUGUCUUACGAGUUUCUACUCCAAGCUUGGUCAGAUCGAUCAAGCAAGAAGACAAUUUGACAAGACGGAGUUAAAGAACGUUGUCUCGUGGAAUGCUAUGCUUGCAGCAUAUGCCACAGCCGGGCAUUUGGAAGAACUUUUGAAGCUCUAUCGCAGAAUGGAAGUGGAGCCUGAUUCCACAACUUACUCCAUUGUUCUUGGUGCCUGCGCGAGCAGUGGAGAUUUGGAGCAAGGCCGACAAGUUCACGAGAGGCUCCUGCAAAACACCCGGGACAUGAUCACCUCCGACUCGAUCGUACAAAACUCGCUACUAAAUCUCUACGCGAAGUGUGGAAGGCUGGACGAAUCCACCAAGGUUUUCGAGUCGUUUUGCUCCAAGAACACGGCUGCCUGGAACUCACUCAUCGCAGCUCACGUCCAGUCCGGAGAUCCAAACACCGCCGCCAACGUCUACAAGCGAUUGCUGCAAACUCCGGAUGUAAUGCCGGAUGCUUUCACCUUCUCCACAGUUCUUGGAGCCUUCACAGCUCUCGGGGCGAUCGACGAGGCCGCGCUCGUCCACAAGGAAAUCGUUUCCAGAGGAUUCUCCAAGGACGAAAUCGUGCUCAAAGCUCUCCUCAACACUUAUGCCAAGUGUGGAAACCUGGAGAACGCGCUGGAAAUCUUUAAAACCAUCCAGAUCAAGGAUACCAUCUCGUGGACUUCCAUGAUCCUUGGAUACGCUCAACACUGCCAGGUUCCGCAAUCCUUAGAGCUCUUCCGGGAGAUGAUCCACCAAGGCUUGAGCCCCGACUACGUAACUUACACUAGCAUUCUCCACGCCUGUGGCCACGAAGGCCUCUUCCACGAAACGCUAGAGAUCCUACGGUGGAUGGAGCGCGACUAUGGCAUCCAACGGACGCUGGAGCACUACCACUGCGUCAUUGACAUGCUUGCUCGCCUUGGUCAGCUAGACGAGGCCGAGGAGCUCCUCAAAGCCAUAUCUUACGAGCACGAGAGUGAUACCAUCGCUUGGAUAAGUUUGCUAUCGGGCCUUAAAACACAGCUAGAUGAUAACUUUCGUCAACAAAUGAUUCGCAGCUCGUAG